AUGGCACAUCGUUCUAUAGCAAGUCGUUUUCUACGUAGUAUUGUCUUCGACAACGAUGUCCUUGAUGACCAAUAUGAAGAUGAUUUGCUUGCACGUAUAGAAGCAGUUAAUUUAGCCAAUGAAGGACGAACAUCAAGACGUCAUGGUUCUAUUGAAGGUCGUGUUGUUGUUCCACGCUACAUAGCUCGAGGUGGUCGAAAUCUUUAUGAAGACUAUUUCGUAGAUCCACCUGUAUUUCCUGACCAUUUAUUUCAUAGGAGGUUUAGAAUGAGUCGCAACAUUGUUCUUCGACUUAAAAACGCGGUGGAAAAUUACGAUCCUUACUUUAUUCAACGAAGGAAUGCCGUUGGACUUCUCAGUUUAUCAUCCCUUCAAAAGAUUACAGCCGUACUAAGGAUGCUUGCUUAUGGCAAUGCCGCUGAUAACAUGGAUGAAUAUGUGAGGAUUGGAGAAAGCACUCCUUUAGAGAGUUUGAAAAGAUUUGUCAAGGCAAUUGUUGCAACCUUUGGUGAUGAGUACUUGAGAUUGCCAAACACCAAUGACAUCACAAGAUUGCUUGCAAUUGGGGAUCAACGAUACUUUCCGGCUGAAGGUCGCUCUCUUCCAGUCAACAAUUCAAUUAAUGGUAACGAUACCAUGGGAUAUUAUCUCGCUGAUGGUAUAUAUCCAACGUGGUCAACAUUUGUAAAAACAAUCCCUGCACCACAAGGAAAUAAGAAGAAAUGUUUUGCUGCAGCUUAAGAAUCAGUUAGAAAAGACGUCGAACGUGCAUUUGAGGUGCUUCAAUCAUGUUUUGCUAUGGUACGAGGAGCAGCUCGUCUAUGGGACCAAAACACAUUGAAACACAUUAUGACUGCAUGCAUAAUAAUGAAUAAUAUGGUUAUUGAGGAGGAGCAACAUGAUGAGAGAUAUUGUCAUCAAAUCCAUAACUUUGAUAGAAGGGGGGAAAUACCAAAUAUAGAACCUACAUGUGAGUGUUCACUAGGACUAACACAAUUCAUUCAAAGCCAUAUUCGCAUCAGAGACAAACAAACUCAUUGUAGGCUCCAAGCAGAUCUUGUCGAGCACAUGUGGCAACAACAUGGAGGAGAAUAA